AUGCAUCCCAAGACCAUUCUUAAAGGCUUCUGGCUCCUCUCUGGCCUCGCCAUUGCGGCACCCCACGGUGGCCACAUUGCUGACCGUGAAGCCAAGCCAGAUGAGCUGUUGUAUGUGAACUCCAAGCGUGAGGCCUCCCCCGACGAGUUGUUGUAUGUGAACUCCAAGCGUGAGGCCUCCCCCGACGAGUUGUUGUAUGUGAACUCCAAGCGCGAGGCCUCUCCCGACGAGUUGCUGUAUGUGAAUUCCAAGCGCGGCAUACCAUAUGAUGCCGAGAAGUUUGAACGCCGAGGGAUUCCCUAUGAUGCUGAGAAGUUUGAACGCGGCAUUCCUUAUGACGCUGAGAAAUUUGAGUGA